AUGGUUAAGUUCCUAAAGCAGAACAAAGCUGUGAUCCUUCUCCAAGGCCGUUACGCCGGGAAGAAGGCAGUGAUCAUCCGCUCCUUCGACGACGGAAACCGCGAGCGACCUUACGGUCACUGCCUCGUCGCGGGACUCAAGAAGUACCCUAGCAAGGUCAUACGCAAGGACUCAGCCAAGAAGACGGCGAAGAAGUCGAGGGUCAAGUGUUUCAUCAAGGUCGUGAAUUACCAGCAUCUGAUGCCUACUCGUUACACGCUUGACGUGGAUCUCAAGGAAGUGGCGACUCUUGAGGCUUUGUCUUCGAAGGAUAAGAAGGUCGCGGCUCUUAAGGAGGCUAAGGCUAAGCUUCAGGAGAGGUUUAAGACGGGGAAGAACAGGUGCUUCUUUACCAAGCUCAGGUUUUGAGAUGUUUUUAUCUUUUGUAAUGGAAUCUACAGUAUGCUUUUGUAGUUUGUGGAACAUGUUUUGGAAUGUUUAAGACAUAUGGUUUCGUAAUUUGAUUCUGGAAGUUUUU